CCAGGCUUUGCAUGGUUUUACAGGUAUAAGGUAGUUUAUCCCAGCCUGUCAUAAUUAUACACUGUGCCAAACCCUAUUACGUCCUAGCCUCAUAUGGCACGUUUAGGUGUAAAGAUUUGUUCACAUCCAAACCUGACUAUCAGAAUAGAUUGUGGCAUCUAGCCCUUUUUUGCCUCAUUGGCCUCUACAUUCAUGACUCUAACCCCAUGCUGAACACUAGGACAGAAACAUGCAUAUAAUAUACAUACAAUUAACUUUUUAUUAGUUUUGUUUGAUGAUACUUGCAAUUCUUUCCUUAGGAUAUACAAAUGUAGGUGCUGCAGUGGUGCCUUGCUUACACUUGCAGUGUAAUAUGAAGGGGUUACUAGCAAAUUCAUCUGUUUUGACUUCUGAAACUCAGGUUUAAGAAAAAUUCAGUUCAGUUAGUUCAUCCUCGUAUAUAGUACAAGGUGCCACAAAUGACGCUGCUACAGACAUCUCAUGCCUAUGGCUGGUACAGAAGUUCAAAAGGAGAUUUUCUUACCCUUCCUGUAACUUGUCACCUGUGUGUUUCAGCCCCCGUUUUCUACCACACCUCCACCCCCAGGGCUAGGACAGUCCCCACCUUUUCCAACUCUGCUGUUAUUUCAGAACCGGCAGAGCGCCUCUACUCGGCCGCUAGGAACAGCGACGACAGCUGCGUGGACAGGUUCAACAACUGCAACCUUGUGGUGCAGGCGCGAAUGUGCCACUAUGGUUACUACAAAAAGGUCUGCUGCGCCUCCUGCUUCCACAACAAAGGCUACAGCUAGUCGACGCUUCAGGCUGCAGAUGACUAGAACAGGCAACAAACAGUCCAGGAACACUACAAAAACACCAGUCUGAACAAGUUAAAACCAGUCUGAACCAGUUAAAACAAGUUUACAUAUACCUGCCAGUCUAAACUGGUCUAGGAAAGCAGCAUACAGCUGGUCUGAUCCAGUCCAAACCGGGUCUCUAUAAGAAACCUGCACUAUCCUAAGAUAUGUAGAUAGCCGUUUUUAUUGUAAAUUUGAACUAUUAUUCAGUCUUUAGAGAGUAAUUAGACAUAGGUGGUUCUAAACCAAAUGUGUCUCAUCUGGUCCGAGCUAAACCAUAUUGUUCAUUCAUAGAAUGGUCGUACAAAAAGAACUUUAGGUCAUAGGAUUUCACUGGAAAACUUUCAGACCAAUGUGGAAAUAGUUUCCUGAUAGAAAGGUCAUAUGGACUUUCCCCAAACAUAGAUUUGUCAAUCAGACGGACAUUUUUAAAAAACUUUUUGUCAAUCAAGACUAUCCAUACAAAAAUUUGACAGCAUUACUGGUCACUGUGUUAAAUAAGCCUAGAGGGUAAAGUUCUUACAAAGUACUUGUAUCAUUAUGUGAAAAAAUUGUCAGAAAUAGAGCAUGGUCGAGCAAUUUGAAGCAAAAAUUCUGCUAUAGAUACAAGCCAAUUCACGUUUUAAACUGCUCAUGCUUAGCAAGAUGCAUUGUGGGUAAUAUGUCAAAGUUCAUGGCCCAUGUUACAUCAUCAAAACAUGUCUGGAAGUUAAUUAGGGGCCUGCACCUUUGACACAUUACCCCCACUGCAUUUCUCUGUGCAUGUAUGUGUUGUUUAACACAUGCACUGGCUUAUUAUAAGAGUCCUGUUAUUACAUGAACUGGCUUAUGGUAUUAUAAGAGUUCUCUUCCCAUUUUCUGCUGUAUAUUUCACCCAGUGUUUGUAUGAUAGGCUAAGUAUGAACUGCUCAUGUUAUGUGCAGUGUUUAUUCCAACUCUAGGAAAAAAACGUAGCGUAAGACGCGGUGAUGUGUUGCUCGGUUUUCCUGUCAGCCAAAUUAACGACGUUUGAUUGGUUCGUCGCCAACCAAUCAGAACCCUGCAUUCCUAUAUCAAGAGCAAGCUGCUUUUUUAAGCUUAAAAGUAAGAGGUAUAUACAUGUACGUAUAUAGAACAAUAUAUUAUGGUACAGAUAGAAAGCAUGUAAAUAUUGUGAUAUGGACGGCAUAUUACCAAAGGGGAAUAGGGGAAUAUUAAUGUUAGAUUUAGCUUUUGACAAGGUGUAUCUUUAAGUUAGCAAUUUUGUAUGAACAGAGUUUCAA